AUGUUGACUGUCCAUUCUCAGCCUCAAGGGCAGAGGUCCCCACUCUCGUUAUUCCAGAUUCUUGGCCUUUGUGCAGCAUGGAUACCACUGUCCCAUGCUCUAGCUCAAACUGGCGCUGGCAGCUACGGGCCAUUAGAUGCUGUCGGCUUGAUACCUUCACAAGCAAGGUCUGGACUUAUUCCAUCGGCGCCAUCGCAGGCCAGUCCUAUACAGCUGGUGCCUUCAAAUUCGCCACAACCUGGGCUUAUUCCCUCCCAAGUCAUCACAAUACCAUCAUCGCCGGCGACGCUCACUUCGGUCCCCACAACGCCGGCUCCCAUUCAAUCAAUUGCCUUUCCUCUCAUACCUUCCGCGCCAUUGAUUGGUAGUCUUGUCCCAAUUCCUUCAGCUCCCGUCGCGCCGGAUGCAAGCCUUACCAGUAACUCGUCCCGCCCGGACACUACAAGACCACCGGUUAUGACAUCUACGGAUCAAGGACUGCAUCCCAUACCACCGGCAGCAACACAACCUGGAGAUCCCGACGGUCAUCAUGAGAUCACAGAGCCCAACUUCAGUGCUACCAAGCCAUGUCUGGGAUGUUCUGCUGUCAUCGAGGUAACAGCCACUGGCUGGCUAGAGAGCCCACCAGAGGAACAGCAUGGGACAUCCACAACGCCCAUUCUGACAAGAAUACCAGCGGGCCCUUCAAAUGUUGUCGUUAGCCAGGCACAGUCCGGUGGGAACUUCGUCGUUGGAGACUCGCUCACUGUUACGCCUGGUCAGACCAUUACCGUAAAUGAUGUGCCUAUUGUCAUCCAAACCACUGAUGGAACUGUCGAGGUCGUUGUAGGUACGAGGAUCAUCCCAUUACAGCCGCCUAGUGAGGUCACAUCCAGCCAGCGGCCUCGAGCCACCUAUGCACCUUCACAACUGCCGCCUGUGCUCACAUUCGGCACUGAAACUAUCGCCCCAAAUCAAGAGACUCAGUAUGUUCUGGCUGGUCAGACUAUAUCACCUGGUGGAGAAGAAAUCACGAUAGCAGGCACGACUAUAUCACUCGCGCCCUCCGCAACAGCUGUCGUCAUCAAUGGCGUAACUUCUUCUCUAGCACCAAGAUUCGGGAACGUAUGGACUACAGCUGCACCCGUGCUUACCUUCAACAAUCACGCCUACACUGCAAAUCGUGCGGGAUACAUUACCAUCGGUCCAGGAACCGUACUGCAGCCGGGUGGAGCACCCAUCACCGUCGAUGGCACAACGUUGAGCCUGGAUCACAGCGGCACAGCAGUGGUCAUUCAAGGCAGCACAAGCAUCUUGCAGCCGGUCACGACGGUUGUGACUCGGACAAGAAGUGUUUCGCUAGGUGGAAGUGGUGACGGGAAUGCAGGAUAUACGAAUAGUGGUGCCUGGCCGGCACCAACUGGCAAGUCAGGCCAACCCACCAAACCGGUGUCUGCCGGUAUGUCCCUGACUCUGAAGCAUAGCGGGUCGGAUGGCUGGCUUGGUGGUCUUUUGAUACUCGUAUGGUGGGGUCUUGGGUAUCUGGCUGUCGCAUUAUAA